AGUGACAGUGACGUUAGUAAACCAAUAGUAACCUAAAAUUGAUGUUAGUAACAAAGUUAAAAACAAAUAUUUGCAUUUAUACAUUGAAAAAAAGCAAGUUUUGCCCGAUUGGUUUCAAAAAUGUCUCUUGCUGAUGAGCUUUUGGCUGAUUUGGAAGAAAAUGAUGAUGGAGAGCUUGAAGCCAUGAUUGAAAACAAAACAUCAAAUGAUCAUGAAUUUGCAGUACCUUUUCCGGUUGUACCAAAGGAAGAAGAAAUUAAAAAUGUCUCUAUUAGAGAACUAGCUAAAUUAAGGCAUUCUGAUCGCUUGCAAAGGGUAAUAACAGAAAUAGAACAAAAUGUUGGUAAUGACAGGAAAAAAAUUGAGGUGACUGGUUUAAUGGAAUCAGACCCCGAAUACCAGCUGAUUGUAGAGGCCAACAAUAUAGCUGUUGAGAUUGAUGGGGAAAUAGCUAUUAUCCACAGAUUUGUUCGGGAUAAAUACCAGAAAAGGUUCCCAGAACUGGAGUCAUUGAUCAUAACUCCGUUGGAAUACAUCCGCACAGUCAAAGAGCUUGGCAAUGAUUUGGAUAGAGCUAAAAAUAAUGAAACACUGCAGAGUUUCCUGACCCAAGCUACUAUUAUGAUUGUAUCAGUUACUGCAUCUACAACUCAAGGGAAAUUACUAUCUGACUAUGAACUGAGUGAGAUAUUUGAAGCAUGUGACAUGGCAGCAGAGUUGAAUACCUUCAAAUCAAACAUUUACGAAUAUGUGGAGAGUAGGAUGACAUUCAUAGCUCCUAAUAUAACUGCAAUUGUUGGUGCAUCAACAGCAGCAAAGAUCUUGGGUGUUGCGGGCGGUCUAUCAAAGCUGUCCAGAAUGCCAGCCUGCAAUGUGCUGCCUCUUGGACAGCAGAAAAAGACCCUAUCCGGUUUCUCUCAGGCUGCUUCAUUGCCCCAUACAGGCUUCAUUUACUUCUCGCAAAUUGUUCAGGAUGCUACCCCUGAGCUACGAUACAAGGCAGCCAAACUUGUGUCGACCAAACUGAUCCUAGCCGCGAGAGUGGACGCAUGCCAUGAAAGCACUGAUGGGGAAAUAGGACGACAACUCCGAGAGAGUAUUGAGAAAAAACUUGACAAACUGCAGGAACCUCCCCCAGUGAAGUUCGUGAAGCCACUGCCCAAGCCGAUAGAACAGAGUCGCAAGAAACGAGGCGGCAAGCGCGUGCGCAAGAUGAAGGAGCGCUACGCUAUGACGGAGUUCAGGAAGAACGCGAACCGACUCAACUUCGCUGACAUUGAAGACGACGCUUACCAAGAAGACUUGGGCUACACGCGCGGCACGAUCGGCAAAUCGCGUACAGGACGCGUGCGCUUGCCGCAAAUAGACGAGAAGACCAAAGUGCGCAUCAGCAAGACCUUGCAGAAGAACUUGCAGAAACAACAGCAAUACGGGGGCGCCACCAGCAUACGGAGACAGGUUUCUGGCACCGCGUCCUCGGUCGCCUUCACGCCUUUGCAGGGUCUAGAAAUUGUGAACCCGCAGGCGGCUGAGACGCGCGUGAAUGAAGCUAACGCGAAAUACUUUUCGAAUACGUCCGGAUUCUUGUCCGUUGGCAAAAAUACGACAUGAGUACACUGACAAACGGCCUUAUUCACAAUCAUUAGUAUGAGGUCUCACAGUGCGCUCGAACGCAUAGUGUAAGUUCCACCAAUCAGAUCAUUGUAAAUUGACCUGAUGCAGUAAUCUGAUUGGUGGAACCUACACUGUGAGUUCGAGCGCACUAUGAAACCUCAUAGUAACGUUUGUGAAUAUGGGUGUAAGUAAUAAGUAAAACGACCAAAACGCGCUCGAAACGUUUGCGGGCUAGAUAUUAUGUGAAAAAAGUUUCCGUGCGUUCUGACUUAAAUUGCUUUAAAUUAUUAUUAAAAGGAAUAUACAAUGUUACGCGUUUCAAUUCUGUGAUUGUGUGAUUUGUAUGAAAUAAGUAUGUGAAAUAAAUUUAAUUUCAUUCAUGAA